GUUUAUAAAAGACAGAGGAAAGAUAAUUGUACAAAAACUAAGCUAAAUUUCCCCAAUAUUAUGGCAAAUAAAGAAUGUGUCCUCGAAGCAAGCGUUACAGAACGUGAAAGUCCUGAUUUGAAUGUUCCAAAAUGUUGGGAAAAUGUGGAAAAAUUUGAGCGUGAUGACUCGAGACACGAAGGGAAGAAGCAGAAUGAUUUUGAUAAAACCUUUACUCAAGAACCUUGUAAAGAGUUCUUGGAAAGAAAAAGUGAUGAUUUGUUUGCAAAUGUUCCAGAACUUAAAGCAAACUUUGUUAUUGAAAACAAAAUAGGAGAAGGUACAUUUAGCGAUGUUUAUUUGGCUAGCCUUGUGAAAUAUCCAGAUGAAAAGUUUGCUUUAAAACACAUCAUUCCAACAAGUUCUCCUGACAGAGUGGAAAGGGAAAUUCGAUGCUUACAGGAAAUGGGUGGAAAGAAUAAUGUGAUUGGUUAUAAAGGAACCAUCAGACAUUGUGACCAUAAUGUCAUUAUUUUGCCUUAUUUUCCCCAUGAUAGAUUUCAGGAUUAUCUUCAUUCAAUGACAGUGUCAAGUAUUCAAGACUAUAUUAAGAAUCUCCUGCUAGCUUUGAAGCAUAUCCAUAGCUUCUCUAUUAUCCACAGAGAUAUUAAACCUGGCAACUUUCUUCACUGUAGAAAAUCUGGAAGAUACAAUUUGGUUGACUUUGGGUUGGCAAUGCAUGAACCUGGUUCUCGCAAUGCAUGGGAUAUUGAAAAGAAAAAUGGUAAAUAUUCGAAAUCCUCAAACGUGAAAAACGCAAGACAACUAUCACCAGAAAGCAUCAGCAAGAAUAGUCAAGUACCUAAAAAGCCAAGGACAAGCCCAAGAGUGGCGGUGACCUCACACAAGCUUGCUCGUCAAGCAAACGGUGUCGUGAAGUCAACAGUGAAGGAGACAGCAAAGCCUUCUGUCGAAAAUAGUGGCAGUAAGGAUGUUGAAACAAGCGCCAAGCAAAAAAAUCGAGCCGUGAGAUUCGUGUCACCGAGCGAGCAAGAGAAAAAACUCGAUGGAAAAUCUUUGCCGCUUUCAUCCAAGAUGGCUACAGGAUUAUGUCAAACAAAACACAAGACGUAUGAAAUAUGCACUCUCUGUAUUAAAAGAGUUGCUCAAAGUGCCCCAAGAGCUGGUACAUCUGGCUUCCGUGCUCCUGAAGUUUUACUGAAACAUCCCGAGCAGACAACGGCUGUCGACGUGUGGUCGGCUGGAAUAAUAUUUUUGUGUCUUCUGAGUGGUAAAUAUCCAUUUUUUCGAUGUGCGGAUGACAUGACAGCCUUGGCUCAAAUCAUUACCGUGUUUGGUAAGCAACGUGUUAUGGAGAGCACUAAACAUCUAGGCAAAUACAUGGUUUGCAACAGCAUUUCACCAGGCUAUGAACUCAAAAAACUUUGCCAGAAAUUGCGCUCGGCAAAGCAGCAAAAAGAAAAUGAAGAAAUCUCUACGAAAUGUUGCAAUUCAUGUAGCAAACUUCUACCAAAGAACGAACCUUCUUCUCCGGCAUCAAAUUUAAGAAGAACUAGUUUACAUGCAAGUCCAAAAACUACAGGUGUUGAAAGCAAUACAAAAGACACUUUAUCAACAAAAAACUCCAAGAUUGGAGAAAGCGAUAAGUCUCAUUCUCGUACCGUUGACCGAGAUAAAAAAGUCCUGCAAGUUUCUCCUCUUCAACAAAAUCCUACCAAUGGUCUGUUGUCAUCUUCCCAAACUGAUUCACUGAAAUCCAGUAAGACCAAACCAAGUGAAAACUUGAGAAAUGGUCAUGUAGGGAACGAUGACAAAGUUCCUAAUACUGCUGUUAGAACACAUGCUUCAAAAGGGGAAUCAAAAGUUCGGUUAAUGUCGGAAGGUUCACGUGAUCAGACGGGUGAACCCAUUCGAGAACAUCUCGAUGGAAGCCGCUGUACAUGUGAUUGUGGCUCGUGUUCACGGUAUGUGCCGGCAUCGGCAUAUGAUCUACUGGAGAGGUGUCUAGAUUUAAACCCUGCGACUAGAAUAACAGCAAACGAGGCUUUGAAUCAUACUUUUCUUCAGGAUAGAAAGAGCUUGGGGAUGUCUCCGCAACCAGAGAGCUAAAUGAUAUUAUGAAUGACAAUGAUAAUUAUUUCAAAACACUUAAUAAACAUCACCUAAUGUAGAAAUUGAAUCGUUUUUUGGACUGACUGUUACAUAUUAUAUGCACACAUAACUAUAGCUGACAAUGAUUUCAGGUCAGUAGCAUGAAUGAGUUCAGGUCUGCAAGAUGAAUGCUUUCCUACAUGCAACUAUUAAGAACUCCAUCCGAGUUAUUCGGAAAAGCUAACCAGAAAACGUGCUUACAUUUAAACAAGUGAAUUAAUGGAGAAAUCUCUAUAAUUGAAAUUGUAUUUAAUUAUUACUGAAAAUAAAACUGGGGUUUAAAGAGAGUAUAAGCAAGGAAUGUAAUGUGAC